UGAAUAUGCGAGUUUUGGAAGUCUUGAGGAAUAGGUUUGGUUGCAGUUGUGGCGGUAAUGUAACAUUUGUGGCGUGUUCGUCUCGCAGAGUUGUUCCGUUGUCGCUGCGGGCGUAAGCGGGGGUUUACCUCAGUAAACAAAACGUGGGCCCAGUUUCUAGCUUUCGUUACAGGAUAAGUGCUCUGUAGGUCAUUAUUAGCUUGUCUCGCAUAGAAACAACGCAAACUUUUGUAAGUGGUACAUUUAUUUUUCUCGGCAAGAGGAAACGCGUAUCUUCCUGACUAUCUAAACCGCCACCCGGCGAGCCCUUAGCGGCGGCCGGGCUGAGGUCAUUGCGUCAGCCACUAGGGAAGCCGGAAAGUGACCGCACAGAUCUUUCGGUGUUUUGGUGGUUGUGAGUGAGACCUCAAGCUAGAGGCUCCCUUGACUCGAACCUGCAUCCUGCACCCUGAAUACUGCCUGAAACACUGGUUUCAGGCUGGUUGAUUCACAGUCAGUUAUAUAAGCAUAGGCUUUUCUGCCAAAAAAUGAUUUUCAGUAAACUUUGCAUGUCACCAUUUGUCCAUGCUGGAUCAAGAGUGCCAACUCGGCUUUUUCAUCAGCUGAGGUUUUGUAGAGGCAAAGGCUGGACAAGCUCAUCCAUCUACAAUGCAUUUGGGAAGUCAACUGCACCAAAAAAUGCAGUUGCAGGUGGUGUGGGGCAUGCAGCCAGGCACACAUCUACCAUUGCAACCGCUGCCGAACUGCCGGCCGGCGCCCGAAAGGCCGUGGGAAUGUGGCUGAUGGGCUGCACAGGAAUGGUGUUCGGCGCCGUGAUGCUGGGUGGUGUGACCCGUCUGACCGAGUCCGGCCUCUCCAUGGUCGACUGGAAGCUGCUGGGCAGGACCUGGCCCCAGUCGGAGGUCGAGUGGCAGGCUGAGCUGGAGAAGUACAGACACUACCCGGAGUUCCAGCUCAAGAAUCAGGAGAUCAGCAUGUCUGACUUCAAGUUCAUCUGGCUGAUGGAGUACGGCCAUCGGAUGUGGGGCCGGCUGAUCGGCGCCACGUUCGCCCUGCCGGCCGUCUACUUCUGGUACAAGGGCUACUUCACCAAGGCCAUGAGGCGACGCGUCCCCGUCUUCGGGUCCCUGAUUCUGCUACAGGGACUGAUGGGCUGGUACAUGGUCAAGUCCGGUCUGGACCACAAGAACUUUGAGGGCCCUUCAGACGUACCCAGGGUGUCGCAGUACCGGCUGGCCGCCCACCUGGGCGCCGCCCUCGUGCUGGCCACGCUGUUCCUGUACAACGGCCUGGACCACCUGCUGCCGGCCCAGAAGGUUCCGGUCACCACCGCCGUGCGACGCGUCCGCAUGAUGGCGCACGUCAGCAAGGGGUUCAUCUUCCUCGCCGCCUUCUCCGGAGCGUUCGUGGCUGGCCUGGACGCCGGCCUGACCUAUAACGAGUUCCCGCUGAUGGGCGGCCGGCUGGUGCCGUCCGACCUGAUGGCCUACAAGCCGGCGCUCUCCAACAUCACGGAGAACCCCACCACCGUCCAGUUCAACCACAGAGUGCUGGGCACCACCGUUUUCGGCCUGGUCCAUGGGCUGUGGUACCUGUCGCGAAAGGCCCGGCUGCCUCCCAGAGCGCACAUGGCAGUGAACGCCAUGCUGGUCAUGACCUACAUACAACUGACGCUGGGAAUCGCCACGCUGCUGCUGUACGUGCCGACCCCGGUGGCGGCGGCCCACCAGACGGGCGCGCUCACGCUCCUCUCGCUGGCCGUCUGGAUGACGCACGAGGUCAAGCUCCUCAAGUAUGUGCCCAAGUGAGCGCCUCUGGGCAGGUGGCCCCAGGUGGUCGGCGGUGGUCGCGCGUAGAUGGCGCGAGCGAGGUGCAGUGUGUGGGAACGGUAAGGGUCGAGGAGGCUGCAAUGAAACUAGGUGCUCCAAGACAGGAGUACAGUAUAUGGAGUGCAAGGUUGAUGUCUGUAUUGACAAUGGAUGCGUGAUAAUGGAUGCGUUGGAGCUGUCCUGAAGGGCGUUCUGUUCCGAGUCCUGAGACCGCUACAGCUAACAUGUCCACCAUCAGUAUUGCUUUAUGGUGGUGAUUAGCGGCAUCUACAAGCGAUUUCUUUACAGUAGCAACGCCGUUGCCAUAGAGAAACAGGACAUUUAGGAGAGUAUUUGGUGCGUGUCAUAGGUUACUGACUCUCGCCCAGUGAUAUGAAAUAUAUAGCGUUUAUAUUUACUGGAGUU